GUAGAAGAUUCAAAGUUUACCAGCAACGUUUCUACACGGAGUUUGAGUCGUAAUGUUAGUACACAAAUAACUUACAUAAAUAAGUUUUUGUGAAUGUUUUUGAAAGAAUAAAGUUUUUUUUUUCCGCUUGGGGAUGGAGGGGAGAGUUAUCGGAGCAGGGCCGUACAGAGCGACCAAGCUGUGGAAUGAAACCAUUCAGCUCUUCCGGGGAGGCAUGCCGUUAAAACGACACUGGGCACACUUCCGCUAUUAUGAUUGCACAUUCACUGGGUCCGAGGCCGUGGAUUUUCUCCACCAGCUUCUGCGGCAUAACUGCAAUUUUGGGCCAGAGGUGACUCGCUACCAGACCUUACAACUGCUCAGGAAGUUUCUUAAGGCUCACGUUGUUGAAGACAUCAAGGGACGUCAUGGAACCGAGGAUUUUGAAGACAAUAGUCAUUUGUACAGAUUCCCCACGCUAUCCCCCCUUAAGUCUUUUCCAUCAAGAUCUCUGUCAAGGGACAGUACUGACCUGCCGAGACUCAUUCGCUGGGAUGACUACGAAGAGUUCUCACAGCAGGAGAACAUGGCGCCUGUGAAGUCUGCUGGCAUGGCUUCGGAUUUUUGGAACAAAAGGCAUAGUGUAGCCAUCGGAGAUGUGCAUGAAUGCAAGCUCAUUCGUAAAAAAGACAUCACUCCCAAACAAGUCGACAACAUAUGGAAAUCAAUGACAGCUGCACAUUUGCAGCGAGUGUUGGGCCUGACAACAUUGGAUGGCGUGUUAAAUCCAGCACAUGUGAAAGGCGAAUACAUUGUGCAUAAUGUAUUUAAGGUCAAUAAGUCGGGCAUUGUUGUGUUGGAGAACAAAAGCGACGACAUGCCCUACUGGGUGAUAUCAGCAAUGAAAUGUUUGGCUAACUGGCCUAACCAAAAUGAAGCCAAUCAACCAGUGUACAUGGGUUUUGAGAGAGAUGUCCUGAAAACAGUAGCUGAUUACUUUCAGAGACUCAAAGAACCCUUGCUAACUUUCCGUCUGUAUGAAGUCUUUGUCAACAUACUCAGUUUGCUACACGAACAAGACUUAGCCACAGAGGCUCUUCAAGUCAGCACCCUCUUAUUGCCGCCGCCCAAUCGAAGGCGUCUCCAACUAUUGCUGAGACUCAUGGCGCGGGUCUCCCAGAACACUCAAUUGCCUCCAUUCAAUGACGCGAUUGCCACCCACACACUGAUGGUGCAAAUGUUCUCUCACUGUGUACUGGGCUCUGUGGAUGAGAUGGACUUGGAUGAGCUGCUUGCCUCCAAAUUGGUGACUUUCAUGAUGGAACACCACAGUACAAUCUUUCAAGUGCCCGUCAAGCUGCGUUGCCAAGUUGAGGAGCACCUUUCCCACCUCAGAAGAGUUCAGAUAAAAUAUGCAGGUUCCGAUACAGACUUCAGCACACCUCCAGUUUUUUGUAAACUCAUCAGCCGAGUGAAGUCAGAAGAGCAGAAGGUGAUUGGCACCCAAACUCCGCUGCAGGAGCUGCUCGAAGGCCUGAUUGCUGACAAAGAACUUCCUGCCAAGGACAAGAGGAAAAGGCUUAAACAGUUCCAAAAGUCUUACCCAGAAAUCUACCGCAAUCGAUUCCCCUCUGAGGAAAGUAAAGCUGCUGUCAUUCCUGAGAAAACCACUGGCCUCAAAACUCAUCUCAUGUUUUUUAAUCUCAAGAAACCCUUUUCUCCUUUCCAGAGAAGCUGGAGUUUUAGGGCAUAGACACCCCCCUAACUCAUAUUCUCGCAGGUUUUCUGAUUUGCUCAGUGUGUUUUCACUGCGUUCAAUCAAGUUGCAGAAUCAAAUUUGGAAAUACGGUAUAUGCUUUUAGAAGGUGACAACCUGUAUGGAAUGUUUCCAUAGAUUUGAGCAUAGUUUGUUUUCAUUUAGCACUGUGUGUUUACAAAAUGGUUUGUUUCACACAUUUGGGGGAAAGAAGAAGGCAACAAAAACAUUUUGUUAGGCACUUUCUUAUGGAGAUUUAUAUCUGAUAUACAGAUUGGACCUCAAUAUACUUGAAAAAAAAUACAGUAUUAACUAGGGGUGCAUGAAAAUUACCGGCCUGACACAAGGAAUUAUGACGUCACACAGAUAAAGCCGAUUAAAAAAAUAUGGCAAGAUUACCCAUACUGUGCUUCAGUAGGUGGUUUAGGGUGAGUAAACCAUGUGCUCCUACACCGUAGUAGAUCCUAACUUCCCUUAAGCUCACUAAACCUCAGUUCAAACAAACAUCGGUUGUGUUUGACUUUUUACACGUCCAAAGGAAGACAUCAAAUGUCCUGUAAACACUCUGCGAGGAAGAAAAAUAAACCCACUGACUUUAAGGCAUCAAACCUGAAUUGCGUCCUUUAAACGCAGCCAGAACCAUGCCUUAAAACGGAACUUCACUUUUUGGGGGAAUUUUGCCUGUUGUUCACAAUCAUUAUUAGAGACAAGAACACAUUAAAUUUUUUAUUUUUAAGGACUCUAACGAUGAUAAAAACACUAGCAAAAUGUGGCUAAUGCGAGUCACCCUAUGCAGCCUUCAAAACCCUCUAAAACAGAUUCAAAACCCACUGUCAACCUGUUAUGUACACGCUUCAAGUAUAUAUAUAUAUAUAUUUAUUAAGGGUGUAACGGUACACAAAAAUUUCGGCUCGGUACGUUCCUCGGUUUAGAGGUCAUGGUUCGGUUCAUUUUCGGUACAGUAAGAAAACAACAAAAUGUAAAUUUUUUGGUUAUUUAUUUACCAAAUUUGUAAACAAUGGGUUUAUCCUUUUAACAUUGGGAACACUAUAAUAAUCCUGCCCAUGUUAAUCCACAUUAAACUGCCUCAAGUUGUUGCUUUGAUUAAAUAAAAUGACAAAACCUUUCUUCUACAUAUAAAAAGUGCAAAAUUAAACAGUUUCAAGUCAAUUCAUCAUGCUUAAUUUAUUACAGCAUUUGGGAAGCCUGUAGUAGACUUUUAUUAUGUAAAUGUUAUAUUUUUGUCAACAUGUGAUAGCAGGGACCUUGCCAUUCAAAACUAGGCUGCUACAUUACUAAUGAUUAAUGUAACUAUAGCUGAAAAAAUAGUACAAUAGCAAUAGGAGAGACUAUUCAUCCCUGAACACCAUGGACUUCAUGUUAGUUCAUAUGAAAUAACAGACAGACAGGGCUUUGCUGCCCCUAACACACACACACACACACACCAAAAUGAGCUAACGUUAUGCUAAAAGCUAAUUAGCCUUCACCUCAAGUCAGAACUGCGAGUAAGCUGAGCUGCAGUUUAAGUUUCUAGAAGGUCAACAGGCUCAUAGUGAUGCUAGUAGUAGUUGUGACUGGGAAGUGUUUUUUAUAAUUUGGGGAGAGUACGAUGUCCGCUGCUAAGUAUCUGCUCGACGCUGAAGCAUUGACAACAUGCGUUCUGAAUACGCACUGCUGAUUGGCUUUGUAUUUAACCAAUCAGAUGGUUGUGUGGGCGGGACAAUGCGGGUGCUCAGACAGAGGCAGAAAGCAGAGCAGCUUGUCAAGGCUUACAAACUCGUUCGAUACACCUCCGAACCGGACCGAAACGGUUCAAUACAAAUACACGUACCGUUACACCCCUAAUAUAUAUAUAUAAUGUAGUAACAGACAUAUUCAUAACAAUAUGUAAUUUGUACAGUAUUUACCGUAUUUUGGUCAUUUUAAGCAUUUCGGGAACUUCUUUCCUCAGCGCGUUAAUUUUAUUUCCAUAAAAGUGCAUUUUCGACUAACGGCAACAAACAGUGUGCUGUAAUCAUAGCAGACUUGGUAAUAGACGAGGAAGAUGACUAUUUUUGACGAUUAACAACCUAUUCUUUUUUAACCUGACUAUACGGACGAUGAACUACUGGUUAUAAAAGCAAGCAUGAAGAAAAAGGUGAAACUCUGAAGCAGUUGGAAGCCAAAAGAUUGAGGUCAGCGUGACUUGACCAUGUAAAUGUGGAACUUUGAGCCCAGCUAUACCGACAGAAAUGGCGUACUUACCCAAAAUCAACAGGAAAAACGUCCCCGGCCAGCUGGACCAAAUGGACAACUGUCCAUCGAGUAAGUCACUAUAUUAUGAUCAUGAUGCAUGCAACACGUCAUGCAUGUUAUUACAACUACAGUACAUACGAUGUCAGGCUGGCUGCAUACAAACAAAACAUGAAGUAUGGGCUAAUACUUUACAGAUACUCUAGUAUGAUUGUCUCAUAAGAAUUGAGAAUUAUGAAUAUUGAGAACGAUAGGCAAAAUUCCCGCUCAAAAAGUACAGUUCCCCUUUAAACUCCCAUGAAGACGCCAGCCGCAAAAAAGCAAUUAGGCGUUCACCCAGAGCCACUUUGUCUAAGAAGUGCAAAUAGCCCACCAGAGUCAACCCUAAGGUCAAAGAGAUCCGCAAUUUCUUCAUGAAAAUAAGAUGAGAACGGUACUACUCUGCUACUCAGGGAGACGCAGAGCCACUCUCCUCCAUUUGUGUUCCACAGCCACGCAUGUCAAACUAUCAAUCAAAGACACCAAGACAGGACAAAAAUGAACCUUCCCCCAACAGCAAUACGCCGCUGGAAGCAACCCCAUAGAUAAAUGAAUACAUAAAUCAAUGAUUAAAGUCAAAGUACCAAUGAUUGUCACACACACACACACUAGGUGUGGCAAAAUUAUUCUCUGCAUUUGGCCCAUCACCCUUGAUCACCCCCUGGGAAGCGAGGGGAGCAGUGGGCAGCAGCGGUGCCGCGCCAGGGAAUCAUUUAUGGUUAUUUAACCCCCAAUUCCAACCCUUAAUGCUGAGUGCCAAGCAGGGAGGUAAUGGCUCCCAUUUUUAUAGUCUUUGGUAUAACUCAGCCGGGAUUUGAACUCACGACCUACCGAUCUCAGGGCGGACACUCUAACCACUGAGUAGGUCCAGUAGGUACAAUUAACAGUUGUGUUUUCAGAAAUACGGAAAACCCCAAACCCACCAUUGUGAAAGAAAUAGCACCGUGUCGGCCAGCAGACCACCUGGAGGCACGGUUUGUACUUACGAGCUGCUGCUAUUUUUCCGAAAUAUGUUUGCUAGCAAAAUACAUUGUGAUCGUCACACUCCUGCACACCGGUGGAUGGAAAUUAGAACGUAAGAAUCCCUACUGAUGUAUGGAUGUGAUCUUAGCUCUUUCUCAGGUGUGAUGCCAUAUUUGGUUAGAACAAAUCUGUAGGUACAGUUUGUCAUAUCCACCUUUUAAGACGUCUUUUACCUCCAGGAAUGCACAAAAUACAGUUAAAUAGACAUUUAAGACAUAAGUUAUUAGAAUCGGUCUUGCUAGCAGGAUGUUAUCUGUAUUGGCUUAAAAAUUUGUGCAUCCUUAGUAUGAAAGAAUGAACAGCAAAGAUACUGUUUAGCAAUUUAUUUGGUCCAAUUUAAUCAGAAUCAAAAAGUUAACUGAAACUACUAACAGAGUACUGAACACUGCUAACAAGAAAUUAGAAUUUCAACGAUAAACUUGAAUAAGUUUAUUUGCAGUACUAGCACUAAAAUAAUCACUGCUGUUUCUUAGAAUGAAUUCAAUUCUGUGACUACUUGAUAAGAUGUAAUUGUUAUAUAAGGAUGUUGAAUUUUACUAUUUGCAUUUCAAAAAUCUUCAGAUAUUUCUGGGUCCAAACAUUGUGUCAUGGUAAAUAAAAUAAACAUAGUUUUAUAUUUUGGUACAUAACUACUUACAAUUUUUAUUAACUGGUAAACCGUUUAAUGAACUUGACGCUUACAUUUUAUUUUUAGGUUUAUAGUAAUCCUGAUGCUGUAUGCAACUUCCUUUUGUCGUUAAAUCAUAUAUUGUUAUAAUCAGUGUUUGGUUUGAGAGUGUAUGUUACUACUGGUAAAUCCAACUAAUAUAAUUACAAUCAAACUUUAUUACAAAUAAAUGUGAUGAGUAGCUGUACAAUUAUUAACUCACAUAAAACAGGCAAAGCUCAAUGUCAGCAAUUUUUACUUGCUUUUUUCCUAAAGCCGUCUUUACACGUCUUAUUUUAUGUGCACUAAAUAAUACUUGUAUCUGUUACAUUUUAUUUUGAAUAGAUAUUCUUAAAUAAUGGGUACAUGUUUGUAUGUGUGUAAAACUGAAAAGGGUAUUUCACCACUGCUGUAUUCUUAGUCAGGUUCUCUUCAAGAUUGUCUAAAAUCUGUUUUAUUGUUUUAUAAAUGCAAAUUGUGUCUAAUACACUAAAAUCAUUGUAACGAUACUGGAACAACUGUUACACUUGAACUUAAAGGCCUACUGAAAUUAGAUGUUCUUAUUUAAACGGGGAUAGCAGGUCCAUUCUAUGUGUCAUACUUGAUCAUUUUGCGAUAUUGCCAUAUUUUUGCUGAAAGGAUUUAGUAGAGAACAUCGACAAUAAAGUUUGCAACUUUAAGUCGCUAAUAAAAAAGCCUUGCCUGUACCGGAAGUAGCAGACGAUGUGCGUGUGACAUCACGGGUUUUGGAGCUUCUCACAUCCUCACAUUGUUUACAAUCAUGGCCACCAGCAGCGAGAGCGAUUCGGACCAAGAAAGCAACGAUUUGAGCGAGGAUGAAAUUUUUGUGGAUGAGGAUAGUGAGAGUGAAAGACUCGAAGAAAAAAAAACACAGGGCAGUGGGAGCGAUUCACAUGUUAUUAGACACAUUUACUAGGAUAAUUCUGGAAAAUCCUUUAUCUGCUUAUUGUGUUACUAUUGUUUUGGUGGGAUUAUAUAGUCGUACCUGAAAGUCGGAAGGGUGUGGCCACAAGUGUGGGGACCGCCAGUGUCUCUGAGGGAAGCCACUUUUCUCGACGAGGCGAAGGCAGUCGGUCGGGCCGGGCUGAGCUUUUUUUUUCCCUCCUGCACGGUGGAAGCAUCCCACGUUCGGGGGCGGCCGGUAGAAGGAGGCAAGAGAGUCCGCAGCUGCCUCUUUGACAGGUGCACAAGGAACAACACAAGCUCCGCUCAUGAUUACGGUAAGAGCCGACUUAUUACCACAAUUUUCUCACCGAAACCUGCCGGUUGACAUGUGGUCGGGAACCAAGUUCGCUUGACCGCUUUGUUCCAUAGUAAAGCUUUACCUUCGGGAAUGUAAACAAGGAAACACCGGCUGUGUUUGUGUUGCUAAAGGCAGCUGCAAUACACCGCUUCCCACGUACAUCUUUCUUCUUUGACGUCUCCAUUAUUAAUUGAACAAAUUGCAAAAGAUUCAGCAACACACAUGUCCAGAAUACUGUGUAAUUAUGCGAUUAAAGCAGACGACUUAUAGCUGGGAUCGGGCUGGAACAAAAUGUCCGCUACAAUCCGUGACGUCACGCGUACGCGUCAUCAUACCGCGACGUUUUCAACAGGAUUCUUUGCGUGAAAUUUAAAAUUGCAAUUUAGUAAACUAAAAAGGCCGUAUUGGCAUGUGUUGCAAUCUCAAUAUUUCAUCAUUGAUAUAUAAACUAUCAGACUGCGUGGUCGGUAGUAGUGGGUUUCAGUAGGCCUUUAAUGACUGCUAGAGAGUGAGGCAUUAGAUUUACUGUACAUUUUAAAUUGAAUGUUUUGUUUGUCUUGUAAUAUACAGUGUGAGGACAUUAUUCCUCACUAAAGAAUCAAUGGUCUAAUUUCAUUUGAAUUAUUUUCAUAAUAAAUAGCUCUGCAACAGCCGAGCAAAUACAUA